AUGCCUGCCGCUUUAAUAUUGAUGUGGCUACACUCAGCGAAACACACCUUCCCGAUGAAGGAAGUAUACGGCGGCGAGUAUACUUUCUUUUGGAAAGGACUCGCUUUCUCAGAGCCGCGAAGGUCUGUUGUAGGCUUUGCUGUCAAGAACUACCUAGCUACUCAACUAAUAGAAUACGUUGUACACGUCUCGGAUCACAUUACCAAAUUGAGCCUUUACAUGGAACGUGAAAACUAUCUGAAUGUCAUCAGUGCCUAUGCCCCUACGCUAGACAAGUCGGAUGAAAACAAACUCUACGAAGAAACAGGACAAAUUCUACGAAGAAUUGACGCAGUGCAUAGAUCGUAUCUUAGGCUACUUUAA